AUGACGGACUCACCUGCGCCGCGCAUCCCGCUGGACCCGAAAGAGCAGCCCAUCCUCGACAAGCUGCUCGCAGUCCGGACGAACCUUGAACUGCUGAAGCAAGACCGCUCGACCUAUGUCAAGAGCCAGGAUGUUAUCAGCCUGUAUGACCAAGUUAUUGAGCAGGUAGAGAUUCUGAAUCACAUACGAACGACAAAACGGCUCGAGCAAAACAGAGUCGAUACCGUCUUGGAUGACUGCUUCCAGCUCGUCUCGCUGGCCUACAUGACAAUAGGCAAGAACCAUGAAGCUCCUGCAGUGUACUCAAUCAUAUCCACAGUCAAGCGUUUACUUGACCACCUUGAGGAAGCGCACUUCUACUCCGCAAAAGAUUUGGAGGCGAUCGGCCAGAUGCUGAAGAAUGCUCGGCGUUACAUGGACCGGGGGAAAGACACUUACACGCCUUCGUUAUUGACGCUCCUUGAAGCACGAAUCCAAGUCUGUGAGGAAUCGAUAGCUAGACUGGAACUGGCCCAUUCACAUCUUACGCCGGAACUAGAGCCGAAGUACGAGAAGCUUGUUUCCAUCCUCAGGUCACUGUGCGCCUGCAACAUCAGAUCGACAUUCCCAGAAGCUGAGGUCGAUGAGUUCCUAGUACAGCUGAAAGACAUCCAGACGGAGCUUCGGCCGUACGGAAUCCACGCCUUCUCGGAGGAACGCGAGACGAAGGAGGAGAAGCUUACAGAGAUGAUUGAGAAGUUGAGCUUUACUCUUGAGCACCCAGAACCUGCGCCGGCAGCAAAAGACCUCAUUGAGACUUUGUUGCGACGAAACUUCCUGUGGACCAAUCUGAUGAAAGAGAAGAAGGGUAGAAUUGCACCUGCAUUCCAGGAAAUAUACGAUAAGCUUUUGGGCAUUCGUAACAAGCUGGAAAAACUCUCCCUGACUCAGGCAUGGUCUCUUCGUGAGACAGAUCUAUGGAACUUCCAACGACAGCUUGACAGAAUUGACGAGGCACGGAUUGAUGGCAACUUCAUGGAUGCGUUGGGUCGCCCGGCGGAGUUGUACGAGCAGAGGACGUUGCUCUACCUGUUGCGCAAGAGCUAUGCGUUGAUCUUCCAGCUGAUAGUGUCAUCGGAGCCUGUUUCAGAAGCGCUCUUGCCCAUCUACAACCAGCUCACGACGCUCCGGAAGUGUCUUUUGGAGGUUAAGAAGCUUGGAGGUGUUUCUUCACCCCGGGAGCUGUACCCUUACAGCAUGAAGCUAAACUCUAUCGAUAACAUGCGUGUCGAUGGAAAAUUCGUAAUUGGCGAUGAUAUUCCUGACGGGCAAGGAAGCGUAACGCAACUCCUUGCGGAGUGCUUUGAACUUGCCUACGAACUACGCAACGAUGCAGAAGAGAGCAGCAGCUCGGCCGGAGAGCAAACCCCAGCGAGCGAAAGCGGUCCUGAAGGCCUCACCGCUGCAUGA